GCAAAAGAGGGAGAAGGUGUGAAGAUGGUUGACUAGUAGUAUGGUGGAUGAGUGAAGAGGAUGGAAGAGGAAAAGGGUAUGAGGUGGUUGGCUAUGGUGGAUGGGUGAAGGAGAUGGGGGAGGAAGAAGGUGAGGAGGUGGUUAAAUAUGGUAGAUGGGUGAAGGAGGUGGAAGAGGGAGAAGGUGUGAGGAUGGUUGACUAUGGUGGAUGGGUGAAGACGAUGGAGAAGGAAGAGGGUGUGAAGGUUGUUGGCUAUGGGGGAUCAGUGAAAAAGGUCGAGGAGGAAGGAGAGGAUGGAGGAAGAAGAGGGUAUGAGGUGGUUGACUAUGGUGGAUGGGUGAAGGAGAUGGAGGAGGAAGAAGGUGCGGAGGUGGUGGGUUAUGGUGGAUGGGUGAAGAAGAUAGAGGAGGGAGAAGGUGUGAAGAUGGUUGACUACGGUGGAUGGGUGAAGAAGAUGGAGGAGGAGAAAGGUGUGAAGGAGGUCGGCUAAGGGCAGCAGCAGCAGCAGCAGCAGCAGCAGCAGGAUUCACAAGAAAAAGAGCAGCAAACGAGAGCGAUGGCUGGUGAGGAGAUCGACAUCAAGCCUUUGGCGAUGGUGGAAGUGUGUAAAUUGGCGCCGAGAAUGACGAUGGGGGAUGUGAUGUUGCAAGGAGGUGCUAUUGCGCAGAUGGACGCAGAUACACUUCGCAAGCAGCUGAUGGCCAUAGCUGAAGCAACGGGGGGGCAUCUGGAGACAUCACCGUCCGGCGAGGUCGUGUAUGUGUUCCCUCAACAUCCUCUCCGCGCCUUACGGCUUCGUUCUACUCGAGGGCGGCUCCUGGCAACCCUCCGCAGACUCUGGAAAUGGGCCUGCAUCGGGGCUCGGAUCCUAUUUGGGGUGUUCCUAUUUGCGUCGAUUGCUCUCGCAGUGGCAGCCAUAGCAGUCAUCAUCAUCCUCGCAUUGUUUCAGAGAGGUGGGGGCGACAGAGGGGGUGAACCGCUUCUGCCUAUACACACAGGACCAGGAGGAGGAGGAGGGGGGGGAGGGGGUGGUGGUGGCGGCGGUGGAGGAUUUCGCUUUUUCAACUUCUGGCUUUAUGAAGGACUUGUGUGGAGGGAUAUUUGGUUGCUAAUGAUGAUCACUGAACAAGAAGAGAGGAGGAGGUACUACGUUCGUCGUUGGGAGGAUGAAGCAGAUCCUGCUGACCUCAAACCGUCUUACAAUGCCAUGCGCGGUGGAGGUGGAGGUGGUGGAGGAGGAAGAGGAGGAGGAGGAGGAGGAGGUCCGGGUAAUGGUCGAAGUGGGGGAGAUGGCGGCGGGGGCGAUAGAGGCCCUCCUCAGAGUACUCUUGGCGAGGUGGCUGACUUGGACUCGGCAAACGAGGGUCCGACGGCAGCGACUCGAGACCCUGGCUUCUUUGAGGCCAUUUUCUCUUUUGUGUUUGGUGAUGGAGAUGCAAACAGCGAUUUGGAAACGAGGAGGUGGCGUGUCAUCGGCCUCUUACUUAGGCACAACAAAGGAGCUGUUUUUGCUGAGCAGGUUGCGCCUUUUUUGGACACGUGGCUGCUUCAGAAUGCCAGAGGGGGGGGCAGUUCCGCUGGAGGGAGGAUCUAUCAGACGCUCAAGGUAUGGUGGCGGUGGAUUGCCCGCCGAAGGCGGGACGAUGGUGAGGCUGAGGAUUCACAAAUGCACGAGGGGUACAUGCUGAGUGUGCUGAGACGCUUUGGAGGGCAUGCGGAAGCAAGUGAUGAUGGCCGGUUGGUUUAUGUGUUUCCUCAUCUUCAAGUCUCUACGUUGUCAUCUUCGGCAGAGGCUAGCUCCAGUUCCAGCGCCGCCGCGCGGCCUGAUUUGACGAUCCCAGCACCGAUGCCGCCGCCAAUAUAUGAGCAGUUUCAGCCUUUAAGCAACGGGGGCUCGAAGCAGCCCCUUGUCAUUGCCUUAGGCCUGCUCAACUUGAUCUUAUUAUUGGUCUUCAGGCGAAUGGGUGGGUUGAAGUUUGAAUUCGUGCCCAACCCUGCUGAUACUCUUGCAGUGGAGGUGGUGGGGACCACCACGCAGGAUGAGGGAGCGGCGGAGGUUGCCAGGCCUCGGAUGGACCAGGAGGCCUUGCUCAUCCUCACCAUCCUCUCCUUCAUCCCUAAGCUUCUGAGCUAUGUCUACAAACCGCUCAUCGUUUACGCAUCGGCCUUCUUCAUCAUUCCAGGCCUCCGAUACGUUUGGGCCAUCUACGCCAAUCGGCAGAUUUUGGCGCGCAAUCUAAUUCGGCGGGAAAGAGCUGCAGAGGCGAUGAGGCUUGUGUUGGCGGCUGCAGAGGAAAAGGCAGAGCAGGCAAAACGGUACCAAACUCUGGAAGUUAUUUCAUCGCAGUCGUGACGUCUUCUUUUCCAUUCCACUCACUCUUUUUUAUCUCCAUGAUCCUGCGCUCCAAGCAAUUCAUUUUCGUCGUUGCCCCUCCGCCAAGGAAUUGAUUUUCGUCGUUGCCCCUCCGCCAAGCAAUUGAUUUUCGUCGUUGCCCCUCCGUCUGUCUGCCUUAAAUAAAGGGCCGCCGCCAACGAGUUGCGUAUUAGGUAGGUAUGGUGUGUGCUAUGUAGGCAUGCUGUGUGUGUGCAUUGAGAGUGGAGUGGAUGAACGUAGGGGGGGCGUUAGUUAGCUGCUGUGCAUUGAGAGUGGAGUGGAUGAACGUAGGGGGCGUCAGUUAGCUGCUGUUGGGAUGAAAAAAUUGUCAAUGUAUUUUUUUUUAAUUUUUUUUUAGGGUUUUACCACAACAGAUCACAUGGUUGUGAAUGCUGUAUCCAUUCGAGCGUCCCAGUUUCUAAGACAGCAAUCACGAGA